AGCAGCAGCGAGAGCAGAAGGAAGCCGCGGUUGACCGAUAAUAACCUCCUCCGUGCAGCGCCGGCGGAAUCUAUAUAAGGAGCUCCGGGUUCAACAGAUCUCCUGGUCUCCGUCCGUGGGGCAGCUGGCAAGGGGCAGAGGCAGAUCUCCCCGCCGCCUUACUCGCCCCGUCUGCAAAUAACAACCACCACACAACAGCCACAACCUCUUUGCCCAGGUCCAGAGGGACUAUCAUCAGGCUUCGUGGAGAGGACUUUUCUCUUUUCCAUUCCCCAUCGAAGGGGACAAGAAAGACACCCUCAGAUCAAACUGGCGAGCAGUUGAUGACCAGCCACAGUAUCUCUGCUGUGUGCUGUUGCCAUCUGUGGUGGUGCCAGUGUGAACAGAGGGAAGAAGAUGGUGUUCUGGACACAGCUUGGUUUGCUGCUAUGGAAAAAUUUCACCUAUAGGAGAAGGCAAACGUUCCAGCUGCUGAUUGAAAUCAUUUGGCCUUUACUUAUCUUCUUUAUAUUGAUCUCUGUACGGCUAUCGUUUCCACCCUAUGAACAACAUGAAUGUCACUUUCCAAACAAGGCCAUGCCUUCAGCUGGAACGUUGCCAUGGGUCCAAGGGAUUAUUUGCAAUGCCAACAAUCCCUGCUUCCGCUACCCAACUCCUGGAGAGUCACCGGGCAUUGUUGGAAAUUUUAACAAAUCUAUCGUUUCCCGCCUGUUCUCUGAUGCCAAACGAUUGCUACUGUAUAGCCAGAAAGACACCAGCAUUAAGGACGCACAGAAAGUAGCAGGGAAACUGCAGAAAGUUGGGAAGACUAUUUCAGGUGUGAAAGUCCGGGAUUUCCUGGUUGACAAUGAGACCUUCUCUGACUUUCUCCAUCACAAUGCCUCCCUACCAAAGUUUGUUGUAGACGAAAUCCUGAAUGCCGAGGUUAACCUCCAACAGGUCAUUACAUCUGGCUACCGGAUAAGUGUGAAAGACCUUUGCAAUUCAACCAAGCUGUCAAAGUUUGUCAACAUCCAAAACCCAGUGGUAGAUGUUCUCAGCAGUGCCUUGAUUUGCUCCAUUCCUAAGGAAAAGCUUUCUGCCGCAGAGAGAGUGUUUCAGGACAAUCUAGAUGUCAUGAAGCCAUUUAUGAAAGGAAUCUCCUCCAACUCCACUCUUCAGGAUCUCAAGGAAACCAUGGAGACUUUCAUGGAGAGCCUCGGGAAGCUCCUUAAGGAGCUCGGGAGCAUGAAAAGCUGGAGUGACAUGCGGCAGGAGGUGGUGUUCCUAACCAGUGUGAACAGCACAAGUUCUUCUACCGAGAUUUACCAGGCGGUAUCCCGAAUAGUUUGUGGACAUCCUGAGGGAGGGGGAUUGCAGAUCAAGUCUCUCAACUGGUAUGAAGACAGCAACUACAAAGCUUUGUUUGGAGGCAACAAUACUGACGAAGAUGCUGCCGAUUUCUAUGACAACUACACAACACCCUACUGCAAUGACCUCAUGAAGAAGCUGGAGUCCAGCCCGCUUUCCAGAAUCAUAUGGAGAGCUCUGAAACCUUUGCUUAUGGGGAAGGUCUUGUACACCCCUGACACGCCAGCAACAAGGGCAGUCAUGUCUGAGGUAAACAAGACGUUCCAGGAGCUGAGUGUCUUCCGUGAUCUCGGAGGGAUGUGGGAGGAGAUAAAACCAAAGAUAAAAGUGUUCAUGGAGGAAAGCCAGGAGAUGGAUCUAGUUCGGACGUUACUGAAGAACAAGUCCCUUUGGAAACACCACUUAAUGGGUUCAAGCUGGACCGUAGAAGAUCUAUCCCUGUUCUUGGCAAAGAACCCGGAGGAUGUUCAUCCGGUGAAUGGCUCAACCCGCACCUGGAGGGAAGCUUUCAAUGAAACUGACCAUGCUGUUCUGACUAUUUCCCGCUUCAUGGAAUGUGUCAAUCUGGACAAACUGGAAGCCAUGCCUAGUGAAGUGCGGCUUAUCGACAAGUCCCUGGAGCUGCUGGAUCAGAGGAGGUUUUGGGCAGGCAUCGUUUUCCCCGAAAUCGCUCCUAGCAGCGUGAAGUUGCCGCAACAUGUCAAGUACAAGAUAAGGAUGGACAUCGAUAGCGUGGAGAGAACAAACAAAAUUAAGGACGGGUACUGGGAUCCAGGUCCUCGAGCUGAUCCUUUUGAGGACAUGCGCUACGUCUGGGGAGGCUUUGCUUACUUGCAGGAUGUGAUAGAGCAGGCGAUCAUCCGUACUGUGACCGGCUCCGAGAAGAAAACGGGAGUCUACGUUCAGCAGAUGCCCUACCCCUGUUAUGUGGAUGAUGUAUUCUUGCGUGUCAUGAGCGGCUCCAUGCCCCUCUUCAUGACUCUGGCUUGGAUCUACUCUGUGGCCGUGAUCGUCAAGGGCAUUGUGUACGAAAAGGAGGCCCGCCUGAAAGAGACCAUGAGGAUUAUGGGCCUAAACAACGGCACCCUCUGGCUCAGCUGGUUCAUUAGCAGCCUCAUCCCCCUUCUCAUGAGCGCUGGGCUCCUGACGCUCAUCCUCAAGAAAGGAAACCUGCUGCCCUACAGUGACCCCAGUGUGGUGUUUGUCUUCCUGUCUAUCUUUGGCAUAGUGACCAUAACACAGUGCUUCCUCAUCAGCACCUUUUUCUCAAGGGCCAACUUGGCGGCAGCUUGUGCGGGGAUCAUCUACUUUACUCUCUACUUGCCUUGCACGUUGAAUUUUGCCUGGCAUGAUUACAUGACCUUCUCUCUCAAAACAUUUGCGAGCCUGCUUUCUCCAGUCGCCUUUGGGUUUGGCAGUGAGUACCUUUCCCUGUUUGAAGAGCAGGGUGUUGGGUUGCAAUGGGACAAUGUCUUCAUGAGCCCUUUGGAAGGAGACAGCUACAACCUGACAACUUCUGUGUGUAUGAUGCUGUUCGAUAGUCUGCUGUAUGGGGUUCUGACUUGGUACAUCGAGGCUGUCUUUCCAGGUCAAUACGGCAUCCCCAGACCCUGGUACUUUCCCUUUACGAAGUCCUACUGGUGUGGUGAGCAAUCUGGAGAGCAACAGACCCCUUCUCUUCACAAAAAUUCAUCUGAAAUCUGCAUGGAAGAAGAGCCAAGUCAUCUUCACCUUGGGGUGUCGAUUCAAAGCCUGGUGAAGGUAUACCGCGAUGGCAAGAAACUGGCUGUCGACGGCCUUACUCUGAAUUUCUACGAAGGGCAGAUUACCUCCUUCCUGGGACACAACGGAGCUGGGAAAACCACCACAAUGUCCAUCCUGACUGGGUUAUUCCCCCCAACUUCGGGCACAGCCUUCAUCCUUGGCAAAGACAUCCGUUCUGAGCUCAGCACCAUCCGGAAGAAUCUGGGUGUCUGCCCCCAGCACAAUGUCCUGUUUGAUGAGUUGACAGUGGAGGAACACAUCUGGUUUUACGCGCGCCUGAAGGGACUGUCGGAAAAGCUGGUGAAAAAGGAAAUGAAGCAGAUGGCCAUAGAUGUUGGUUUGCCUCAUAAACUCAAAUCAAAGACAAGCAAACUCUCUGGUGGUAUGCAGAGAAAGCUUUCAGUGGCUUUGGCCUUUGUAGGCGGCUCUAAGGUUGUCAUUCUGGAUGAGCCGACAGCUGGAGUUGACCCUUAUUCUCGCAGAGGGAUCUGGGAGCUGCUUGUGAAAUAUCGCCAAGGUCGUACCAUCAUCCUCUCCACCCACCAUAUGGACGAGGCGGACAUCCUCGGAGACCGAAUUGCUAUCAUUUCUCACGGCAAACUGUGCUGCGUUGGCUCUUCACUGUUCCUGAAGAACCAGUUGGGGACUGGAUAUUAUCUGACCUUAGUCAAGAAGGACGUGGAUUCCUCACUCAGCUCCUACAGGAACAGUAGCAGCACCGUGUCUUACCUGAAAAAGGAUGACAGCGUGUCUCAGAGCAGUUCAGAUGCUGGACUUGGCAGUGACCAUGAAAGUGACACCCUGACAAUAGAUGUUUCUGCAAUUUCUAAUCUCAUUAUGAAGCAUGUCCCUGAAGCCAGGCUGGUGGAAGACAUUGGCCAUGAGAUAACUUACGUUCUGCCCUACGAAGCCGCUAAAGAGGGAGCUUUUGUGGAGUUGUUUCAUGAGAUUGACGACCGCCUCUCUGACCUUGGCAUUUCCAGCUAUGGCAUCUCUGAGACGACUCUGGAAGAGAUAUUUCUCAAAGUGGCAGAGGAACAUGGUGUGGACGCAGAAACCUCAGAUGGCACGUUACCAGCCAGAAGAAACCGCGUCUUUGGAGACAGGCAAAGCUGCCUCCGUCCAUUCACAGAAGAUGAUGCUUUUGACCCCAAUGAUUCCGACGUGGACCCAGAAUCCCGAGAGACCGACCUGCUGAGUGGGAUGGAUGGCAAAGGAUCUAGCCAGAUCAAGGGCUGGAAGCUGAUGCAGCAGCAGUUUGUAGCUCUGCUCUGGAAGAGACUGCUUAUUGCCAAACGCAGCAGGAAAGGUUUCUUUGCCCAGAUUGUUCUCCCAGCGGUCUUCGUCUGCAUUGCUCUUAUAUUCAGUUUGAUUGUGCCUCCCUUUGGUAAAUAUCCCAGCUUGGAGUUGCAACCAUGGAUGUAUGAUCAGCAGUACACGUUUAUCAGCAAUGAUGCUCCAGAAGACACAGGAACCCAGAAGCUUUUGGAUGCUCUCCUCAACAAACCUGGUUUCGGUACCCGCUGCAUGGAAGGAUACUCCAUUCCGAAUACUCCUUGCUCAGUAGGCGAAGAGGGCUGGACCACUGAUCCUGUGCCUGAGGAAUUGAUGGAAAUCUUCCAGAACGGCAAUUGGACUAUGGAGAACCCCUCCCCAUCGUGCGUCUGUAGCAACGAGAAGGUGAAGAAGAUGCUCCCAGUUUGCCCAGCAGCAGCUGGUGGCCUCCCUCCUCCCCAGAGAGUACUGAACACUACAGAUAUCCUGCAAAACCUGACAGGUCGCAACAUUUCUGAUUACCUGGUGAAGACCUAUGCACAGAUCAUCGGGAAAAGUUUGAGCAAUAAGUUUUGGGUGAAUGAAUUCAGGUAUGGUGGCUUUUCAUUGGGAGCCAGUAGCUCUCUGGUGCUCCCUCGCCGUGAAGAAGUUAAUGAAGCAAUCAAGCAAGUGAAGAAAAUCUUGGAAAUAGCCAAGGGGGGCUCUGGAGAACGCUUCCUUAACAGCCUGUCGAGCUUCAUGAAGGGCAUGGACACGAAUGAUAAUGUAAAGGUGUGGUUCAACAACAAAGGCUGGCACGCCAUCAGCGCCUUUCUCAACAUAAUGAACAAUGCCAUUCUGCGCGCCAACCUGCAAGAGGGAGAGGACCCCAGCGCUUACGGCAUCACGGCCUUCAACCAUCCUCUGAACCUCACCAAGCAGCAGCUCUCGGAAGUCGCCUUGAUGACGACAUCGGUGGAUGUUUUGGUCUCCAUCUGCGUCAUCUUUGCCAUGUCCUUCGUCCCGGCCAGCUUUGUGGUUUUCUUGAUCCAGGAGCGUGUCACUAAGGCCAAGCAUCUUCAGUUCAUCUGUGGCGUGAAGCCAGUGACCUACUGGCUGGCUAAUUUUGUGUGGGAUAUGUGCAACUAUGUAGUUCCAGCCACCUUGGUCAUCAUCAUCUUCGUUGGCUUCCAGCAGAAAUCCUACGUGUCCUCAAGCAACCUUCCCGUGCUGGCUCUUCUCCUCUUGCUCUAUGGGUGGUCCAUAACGCCUCUCAUGUACCCAGCAUCCUUUGUGUUCAAGAUCCCUAGCACGGCAUACGUGGUGCUCACCAGUGUGAACCUCUUCAUCGGUAUUAAUGGGAGUGUCGCCACUUUUGUCCUCGAGCUUUUCACCAGCAAUAAGCUGACCGACAUCAAUGACAUCCUGAAGUCAGUAUUCCUCAUCUUCCCCCAUUUCUGCCUGGGCCGUGGCCUGAUUGACAUGGUGAAAAAUCAAGCUAUGGCAGAUGCCCUAGAAAGAUUUGGCGAGAACCGCUUUGUCUCUCCUCUCUCCUGGGACCUGGUGGGACGGAAUCUCUUCGCCAUGGCUGUGGAAGGAGUCGUCUUCUUCCUCAUCACUGUGCUUAUCCAGUACAGGUUCUUUAUCAAAUCCAGAACUGGCAAUGCUAAACUUCCGCCUGUGCAUGAAGAGGAUGAGGACGUGAACAGAGAACGGCAGAGGAUCAUUGGUGGCGGUGGGCAGAGCGAUAUCUUAGAAAUCAAAGAACUAACCAAGGUAUACAGAAUGAAACGAAAGCCUGCCGUGGAUAGGAUCUGCGUCGGAAUUCCACCUGGCGAGUGCUUUGGACUCCUGGGUGUGAAUGGUGCUGGCAAAUCCUCCACUUUCAAGAUGUUGACAGGAGAUACAGAUGUUACAGGAGGAGAUGCUUUCCUUAAGGGCAACAGUAUUUUGUCUAACAUCCAAGACGUCCACCAAAAUAUGGGAUACUGCCCUCAGUUCGAUGCCAUAAACGAGCUGCUGACGGGGAGAGAACACCUGGAAUUAUUUGCACUCUUAAGAGGCGUCCCUGAGAAAGAAGUCUGCAAGGUUGGUGAAUGGGCUGUUCGCAAACUGGGACUCGUGAAGUAUGCAGAAAGAUGCGCCGGCACCUACAGCGGUGGGAACAAGCGCAAGCUGUCAACUGCCAUGGCCCUAAUCGGAGGGCCUCCUGUGGUGUUCCUGGAUGAGCCGACCACAGGAAUGGACCCCAAGGCCCGCCGUUUCCUUUGGAACUGCGCCUUGAGCGUCAUCAAGGAGGGAAGAUCUGUGGUCCUUACAUCUCACAGCAUGGAAGAAUGUGAGGCCCUGUGCACUCGAAUGGCGAUCAUGGUCAAUGGGCGGUUCAGGUGCCUUGGCAGUGUCCAGCACCUGAAGAACAGGUUUGGAGAUGGCUACACAAUCAUAGUGCGAAUAGCAGGGGCAAACCCUGACCUGAAGCCUGUUCAAGACUUCUUUGAGCUGGCCUUCCCGGGCAGUGUGCUGAAGGAGAAGCAUUGCAACAUGCUGCAGUACCAGCUGCCCUCCUCUCAGUCUUCUCUGGCUCGGAUAUUUAGCAUCCUCUCCCAGAACAAAAAGAGAUUCCACAUAGAAGACUACUCCGUUUCACAGACCACACUUGACCAAGUAUUUGUAAACUUCGCCAAGGACCAAAGCGAUGACGACCACACAAAGGACUUGUCGUUGCACAAAAACCAGACUGUUGUAGAUGUCUCACUUCUGACUUCCUUUUUGAAAGAUGAAAAGGUGAAAGAAAGCUAUGUAUGAGCAGCCCUGUUGCGAAGGGUGCAGCAGCCGUUCUGAGUAGAAAGGUGAAGGCAGACAUCCUUUCUGUGCCAUAGUGGGGAGAUCGUCCCACGAGCAAAGAGACAAGAGGAUACAGAGAGGAAGGAAAUAAAACUGAACAUGUGUUUUUUUUACUAGUAACCAUUUGAUGCAAUGCAACUCAAUGCAAAGAAAUCAAUAUUCCAUUACGGAGGCAGUGCCUCUUGGAGAUGUUGCCUUGUUGUACUGUUCUCUAGUGAAAGACUUGAAUCUAGUUGUUCUUUCGUUAUAAUAACUCUGUGAAAUUCUGGUAUGGUGCCACUUUCUGCUAUGUGGUCUUCUGCCAUACUCCUGCUUGUUUCUACUUAGUACAUUUCCCGGUCAGGGGUGGCGCAACAACUGCUCAGAUGAUUCUUGGCCAGUAAUUAUUUAUUUGCCAUUUUAAGGCAUGCAUUGCCCUUCCAGAGGGCAGGUGGAAUUGCUGUGGCGCAACAUCCAUUGCUGGCAAUGAGUGUACCGGCGAAACCAGUGCCAAUUCUUCACCACGUAAUGCAUUGUUGUGGCCUUAUUUAAGUAUUAGCGGUUGGGCCCCGUUAACUACACAAGUUUAGGGGGAUGAGGAGGAAGAUCACCGUUGGCCUUACCAGCGGGCCGUGAAGCACACCAUCUCAAAACACGCAUAACAACAACAACAAUUCACUUAGUUUCUUAUUAGGGUGCGGCAGAAUUAACAAUCAACCAUGGAAACAUUUGAGAGGAUUUCUGUCCCAAUGGUAUGGUGACCAAUUGCUCGUUCUUCCACUCUGCUUUCGUGAAGCCGUUGCUGUUUUCAGCUUUUGUUAAGAACCAAGUUUGAGAUGUCUGUUUUCAUUGCAACAGUAUUAUUUAAAUGUGACCUGGCACAUUCUGGGGAUACAUGGAGAUGCUGUCACACCUCCCUCGUCCCAAAGUAUCAAAUCACUUUCAGUCUUGGGUCGAUAUUACGCCAAGUGUCUAGAACCUAGAUUCAUUUGUACAAACAGUCACAUUUCUUUUUCUAGUCUAGCAAUCCUUUCCCCAGUUUCGGUAAUCAUACAAUGUACUGUGAUAGGUUUUCCCACGUUAGAAGUCAAGCUGCUACCACUUUUGCAGUCCUGUCAUCUAUCCCAUCCCAGUUUAGGCAUGGCAAUCCCAGGCAAAAAGUUUACUAGACUGAAUCAACUGAAAAAUAUGAUGUUGGAUCUUUUAAAGGUGAUUUGCAAAACAGUUGCUCAUUUGGGAAGCAAUCAAAAUGUUUUGUUUUAGAAAAAAAAGAAAAGGUCAAUCAAGUAGGUACUUUUAUGCAAGGCUAGGCUUAGUGGGGAAAUGGCUGUGGGCGAUUCUUUGUAACACUGGACUGUCUUUCUUUUAAACAAAAACUGGAGUUUACCAAACAUCGUCAUGCCUGCAACAUGACCAUGUCCUUAUUCCAAUAUGACAGUGCAAGGCAGAAAAGGCUAGUUACGGCAAAGGUCUUUGAAAGCAAACGGUACAGGCGUCUGGAUCCUACACGUUUAUUCAGAAACUGUCCUGAGUGCCCAUACAACUAGCUUUUGCUAGAGUAUGCCCAAACGCCUCUCCGUCAUCCUUUAACAUCCCUUUCCAUCCCAGCCACUAGUCACAAAAUGCCUACAGCUCACGCAACUCAAUGCUGGGUGCUUCUCUUUUCCCUGCAGAGGAUACUAUGAAUAGUUAGUACUCAGCUGCUGUUUGGCAAUGCUAACGCACAAGAGUGCUUAACUGAUUGUACACAAUGGUCAGCCUCUCUGGGCAUAAUAUAAACUUAAAGUGCCCUUUUAAUGUAUUGUUUAGAAUAAUACUUGCAAUUUUGCCCAAGAAAGACACAGUCCAAACAAGAAGUUAAGCUCUUCUACAUGUCUGCUCAGAAGUCUUGUUUCAUUUGAGUUCAGUGACAAUUGCUCCCAUGCAAAUGGUAUAGGGUUGCAGCAAGAGUUUGAAAUGAGAGACACGUAGAGAAGACUGCACUGUAAAUCUCAACUGCUUGCAAGAACACGUGCUUAACUCUUUUCAUGAGAAACGAGUUCUUAGCAGUGCUUCCUGGCAGGAGUGGAGAUCCAGACUAGCUUUGACCUCAUAUUGAACACUUAGCACUGUGUAUAAUAUGGUACAGUUGCCUCAAAAUCAGUCAUGUUACGCAAGCUUUUUGUGUGGUUCUCCUCCGUGCUAAACAUAUUGUGAUACAAAACCACUGAUCAUGGAACUGUGUUAAGAACACCUACCACUUCAGUAUGUGUGUGGCGAAGUUGUUGCAUCCCUCUGCAGUAUUCGUACCACUGUAGAGGCUCUUUCCUAUCGAUCGACACUUUUUUUCCUUGUAGAAGUAAUAUGGUAAGCGUCUAUUACCAUGCCUUUCCUCCCAACCCAGUUUCAAACUCCUCUCCCUUUAAUACGAUUGGUCCUUCAUUCCAAGCACUUUAUGCUAGCUGUAAUGGGAUCUAUUUUUGCACUGGAAUACCCCGUUAACUUUGCAAAAAAUCUAGAGCAUUUUCCCUCACACACAAAUUAAGUUAAUCUUUUCAAUGGACAUUUUCAUGAAAAACGAAUAUAUAUUUGUAUUGCUAAUAACUAUUUGUGAAGUAUUAAUAGGCAUUUGUUAAUUGCCUUGUAUCGAGCAUAAAAAAUAAAGUGUUGCUGGUCUACAAUUGUGCAUUUA